AUGUAAUCGCUGGCUAUCAUUCGUCCAAGCAGAGCCAGCCGGUGCGAUCGUGGCAGUGGCGGAGUGGAGCAAGCGACUUCUGUAUGUAAAUUAACAUUUCAAACGCGAUAUUGUCACCUGAAUAUUGUAACAAAUACUCCGCAACUGAUGUCUCCAUCUUUACGAGGAAACUGAUGCUAGCGAGAAAGAAUCGUUGGUUUCGCUAUCGUUUUAUAUCGUGCUGUUUCUUACUACGAGAGUGCCUCAUCAUCGUCGCCUCUUGACCAUGCUAAGUGUGUGUACAGUCCUCCUGGUGGUUGCUGCUGCAGCUCUCUCCUCUGCAGACUCCGAUACGCACAGACACGACUCCAACCUGGAGAUCUACAAGCGUCUGUUUGAGACCAAGAGGAAAGACCAGCUAAAUGCUCUGAAGAACCUGGUGGAGCUCAAUGACAUCAACCAGCAGUAUAAGAUCAUAGACAUCAUGCUGAAGGGCCUGUUUAAGGUGUUGGAGGACUCGAAGGCCGUCCUUAUUGCAGCCAACAUGCAGGCUGAUGAUCCCUUCCCCAUGGAUGACAAAAUCAAAGAAGCCUACUCCCAUGUGGUGGAGAACACAGCGUUCUUUGGGGACGUGGCGUUGCGUUUCCCACGUAUUGUCCACCACUACUACGACCGUAACCCUGACUGGGGCGGCCUUCUGCGAUGGGGGCUCCGCUUCUGCAACCUCACUGGGGUGUUCACCGGGGGUGCACACCAGCAUGUUCUCUCACUGAUGUCGCAGGAGUUGGGAAUAAUAGAGAAAUCCCCAGACUUCACCAACCCAUACCGCACUGAGAGAGACGACGUGCUUCACACUGCAGAGGCUUUUCAGAAGAUCCUGAGGGAGGAGGAGAAGAGGAGAAGGAAAGAGGACAAGAGGAAAGAGAUUAGGAAGGGGCCCCGCAUCUCCCGCUCCCGUACUGAGCUAUAGUACUUUACCUCAACUCUUGGAGAGAAAUGACAAGGAGAAGGAAAAUGUAGGGGGAUGUCCUGAGUCCUAGAUUCAGUGAUGAAGAGGUUGGGUGUUGGAACCGGUGAGUUCUGUCAAAGGGAAAAAGUGGCAGCAGAGAAUUUGAGAGGGAACUAGAAGUGUUUAUGUGGCACAGGAACAAACUGGAGAGAAGGAAAGGAGGUUGAGCUCUAUCUGUGGAAUCAGACUUACUGUAUACAGAACUGUGCCCAACCUGCAGUUAUUAUGAAACAAAGAAAAUACAGCUAGCCCAUGUUGAAGAAGAUUUAAUAAGGAAAGCUCAUUUUCAUAACUAGAUUACAUAACUGUACUUUGGAAGAAACAGCAAAUACCCAAUAUGUUAUGUUUUUUGUGAAUAGAUUGAAUACAAUUUACUACCAUACAUCUUUUGAUUAUGGCAUUUGUACGUAUGAGUUUACAUUCCCAUUCAACAAGCUUUAAAAUAUAAAGCUUGAAUAUGUUGAAUUAUGUUUUGUGUUUAAGUUUUCCUGUCGCCUUCUCCAGAGUUAUCAGAUUUAUAUAAUGAGAUUUUAUGAGUUUGUUGUUGAAUGGUCCAACUGUAGGUGUAUCCUCUUAAUUUGCGGUACAAGUGUUGAUCGUGAGCGCAGAACCAUUUUUCAUGAUGUCUGCCACUUGCUCUCCUAGAGCCGAAUGCUUUCUUAGCUCUGUCUGUGUGUGACUGUCCGCAUGAGUGUUAAAUGGGGUCUGGUCACUUUUAUGAUUUUAAUUAAACUAUUUUACAUAUUAUUUUGUCUACAAUUAGGGAGGGAUAAUGUCUUAGAGCUGUGUCUUUUGGCAACCACUCAUCAGCUUAAACUUCUAUAUCAUGUCACAUUUGUUUCUGUCCAUCUGAUGGCCAUAAUGAAAUGUCAGAACAGCAGUCACCUAGAACAAUGCCUUUAAAAAACAUCUUUAUUUUGGCAUAUCUAGGGAAGAUCUUAAUUCCAUAUUCCUCCUGUCCUGUCCUCAAAAUCCAUUCAACCAGAAAUCCCUCCUCUCUGACCACCUCCUAUGGGUUUUGAGAAAGAGAGAGGAUGUGAGGAGUAUACAAUUGAGAUAUUCCCUUAGUGUUUUACAUUUUACAUUUAAGUCAUUUAGCAGACGCUCUUAUCCAGAGCGACUUACAAGUACAUACAUUCAUACUUUUUUGUACUGGUCCUCUGUGGGAAUUGAACCCACAACCCUGGCGUUGCAAACGCCAUGCUCUACCAACUGAGCCACACGGGACAAGUUAUGUUUUGUUGCCUCUUGACAGUUUGAGGGAAAAUAGCUAAUUUUAAUGUAAAUAAGUUCUAUUCAAUAUACAGGGGUGAUGACUGAUUGAUUAUGAUUUGCUAGAGUUUUGUAAAUGGACUGUUAUUUAUGUAUGUUCAGAGCAGUGCAGGCUGGUGGGAGGAGCUAAAGGAGGAUGUGCUCAUUUUAAUGGGUGGAAUGGAGUUCACAGGUUUGUUUUAUUCCAUUCCAGCCAUUACAAUGAGCAUGUCCUCCUAUAGAUCAUCCCACCAGCCUCCUCUCGUUCAGAUUUAGCGUCUCAUUACUGAGAAUUUACUAUCGUGAGUAGAUUUAUCAUACAUUUAAGUUUAAUAAAAAAUUACUAUGAA